AUGACUGAACACAAAUAUCAUUUCGAUGUCAAGAUGGCAUGCAGCGGAUGCUCAAAUGCCGUUAACAGAGUGCUAAAAAAGCUUGAUGAUGUGAAAAAUAUUGACAUUUCCUUGAAAGAUCAAAGUGUUGAUGUCGUUACGGAUGAAAAGUUGACCUUUGAUCAGGUCAAGGCCGUUAUUGCCAAGACGGGAAAGGAAAUCACCGGCGGUAAGGUUGUUGCUUAA